GCAAGCAGCCAAGAGCAGACUGACCUCUGACCUCUGAGGUUCUGACAGCGCACACACGCUAGUUGCUAACAGCCUCCAUCCAUGGCCGCGGCUCCUCCUCCUCCUCCUCCUCCUCCCCGGCCUCGUCUCAUGGUGCUGCCCUUCCCUGCCCAGGGUCAUAUCAUGCCGCUCAUGGAGCUGUCCCACCGCCUCGUCGACCAUGGCUUCGAGGUCGACUUCGUGAACACCGACUUCAACCACGCCCGCAUCCUCACGGCCUUGGCGACAGGAGGAGACACCGGAGCAGCUGUCCAUGCCGGGAUCCACUUGGUCUCUUUCCCGGACGGCAUGGGCCCCGACGGCGACCGCGCAGACAUCGUUCGGCUGGCUCAGGGCUUGCCGGCGGCGAUGCUCGGCCAAGUUGAAGAGCUGAUCAGAGCUCAUAAGAUUCGGUGGGUGGUGGCUGAUGUCUCCAUGAGCUGGGUGCUGGACCUGGCCGGCACGGCAGGCGUGCGCGUCGCCUUGUUCUCGACCUUCUCGGCCGCCACCUUCGCCGUAAGGAUGCGUAUUCCCAAGAUGGUAGAGGAUGGCAUCAUUGACGAAAAUGGUAAGAGCAAACCAAACCCGAUUUCUGUGUCAUCUGUGCUCUCCAGAUCAGAAUUCAUGCAGGACAUGGUGUUUCCGUGCGCAGCGAAUGUGAAGAGGAAUGAGAGGAUCAAGCUGAGCCCCAACACGCCAGCCUUCGACGCCGCCGACAUCCCCUGGGUCAGGCUUCGAAGCCCCAUGAUAAAGGGCAUGAUCAAGACCAACCAAAUGUUCGCGCUCGCUGACACCAUUGUCUGCAACACGUUCCAUGCCAUCGAGUCCGAGGCGCUGGCGCUCCUCCCCAAGGCGGCACUGGCCAUCGGCCCCCUCGAGGCGCCGGCAUCGAACUCAGCCAGCCAUCUCUGGCCCGAAGACAUGGCCUGCCUCGCCUGCCUCGACGCCCAGGCACCCAGAUCAGUUGUCUAUGUGGCAUUCGGGAGCUUUACAGUCUUCGACACUGCAAGGCUCCAGGAGCUCGCCGACGGGCUGGCACUCACCGGACGCCCGUUCCUGUGGGUGGUCCGGCCGAACUUUGCCAACGGCGUCGAUGAAGGCUGGCUGGACCAGUUCAGACGCCGCGUUGGAGACAAGGGGCUAGUCGUCGGCUGGGCGCCCCAGCAGCGCGUGCUCUCGCACCCUUCGGUGGCAUGCUUCAUCUCGCACUGUGGAUGGAACUCCACCAUGGAAGGGGUGCGUCACGGCGUCCCGUUCCUGUGUUGGCCAUACUUUGCCGACCAGUUCAUGAACCAGAACUACAUCUGCGACGCGUGGGGCACGGGCUUGAGGAUUGACGCCGACGAGCGGGGCAUCUUCACCAAGGAGGAGAUCAGGGACAAGGUCGACCAGCUGCUCGGCGAAGGUCAUGUCAUUCCACUCAUGGAGUUGUCCCAUAGGCUAGUUGACUAUGGAUUCAAGAUUGACUUCAUAAACACCGAGUUCAACCACGACCGUAUCUUCAAGUCCAUGCAAAACAAAGGAGCAAUCCCUGAGGGUUUACACAUGCUCUCAAUUCCAGAUGGUAUGGACCCUGAUGAUGAUCACACAGACAUUGGCAAGAUGGUUAGGGGCUUAUCAGCUGCCAUGCUCAGCCCCCUUGAGGAGAUGAUCAGAAUCAAGAAGAUAAAAUGGGUGAUAGCAGAUGUGUCUAUGAGCUGGGUGCUAGAGUUGACAAACACAGUGGGAAUACGUAUUGCUUUGUUCUCAACUUACUCAGCAUCUGUGUUUGCACUAAGGUUGAAACUGCCCAAACUGAUCGAGGAUGGUAUUAUUGAUGAAAGCGGGAAUGUGAAAGUGCAUGAGAUGAUCCAACUGAUGCCACCCAUUGAUUCAACUGAGAUCCCCUGGGUCAGCCUGGGCAGCACCCCAGAAAGACGCAGAGUGAACAUACAGAAGGUCAUUAGGACUAACCGAUUGAUAGCGCUUGCUGAGGCCAUCAUCUGCAACACAUUCAGAGAAGUAGAACCUGAAGCGUUGGCUCUCCUCCCCAAUGCAUUACCCCUAGGUCCAUUGGCAGUGCCGAUGUCAAAGCCGACUGGUCAUUUUUUGUCUGAAGACCUGACCUGCCUCACCUGGCUUGACACGCAAGCCCCGGGCUCCGUCAUAUACGUGGCAUUUGGGAGCUCGACUGUCUUCGACGCAACAAGAUUCCAUGAACUCGCCAAUGGACUUGAGUUAUCUGGCUGGCCGUUCAUAUGGGUGGUUCGGCCAAACUUCACCAAGGAAAUCGAUGAGGAUUGGUUCAACCAAUUCCAGCAAAGUGUCAAUGGGAAGGGACUGAUCGUCACUUGGGCUCCUCAGCAAAGGGUACUGUCACACCCCUCAGUUGCUUGCUUCAUGACACACUGUGGGUGGAACUCAACGAUGGAAGCUGUGCUGCAUGGUGUCCCAUUCUUGUGCUGCCCCUAUUUUGCUGACCAGUUUUGCAACCAGAGCUACGUGUGCAAUGUGUGGAAGACAGGCCUUAAGCUUUAUUCCAACGAGCAAGGGGUCGUCACAAGGGAGGAGAUCAAGGAAAAGGUUGUGCAGCUGCUGAGCGAUGAGGAUAUCAAGGCCAGGGCGGUUAUGUGGAAGAACAUUGCAUGUGCAAGCAUCAGAGAGGGAGGAUCCUCUCAUGCGAACUUGCUCAGCCUUGUGAAUUUGCUACAAGAAGGAUGAUGUUCCAGAAUUUAUACUCAGUUGCCACAUACAGUUUAGUUCAAUAAUUCUUUUUGUGUGUGUGU